AUGCCACCAUUAAAUGUGAAUGAAUUGGAAGAAUUAUUUGAAAAAGGUGAUGAUAAUCCUGAAAUAGUUAAUCAUUGGUAUGAAAAAUUAUCAGAGUAUGAUCCGGAAGAUAUCGAAGUAUCGGAGUCAGUUAAGCAAAUUAUGAAAGCGAUGAAAUGGAUCAUGCAUUAUGAACAUGUCAAUGGGGAAGAGCUGAAAGAAUUAUUGGUAAAGGAAGCUGCAGAGAUGGCGGAGAAACAAGAAAAUUGGGAUGAAGAGAAGGAAAACAUGAAUCUUGAACUUAAACUUUUACGUGAACGUACAACUGCCACAGCAAACGUUACCGAUAUCAGUGAAACAUUUCGAACACGAAUUAAUAGCUUAACGGAUGAAAAUGUUUAUUUGAAAGAACAAAAUAAAGAGCGUGAUUGUGAAUUAGCGGAGAAAAAUGAUAAGGUUGAAAAAUUAACUUAUCGCGUGGAACAACUCCAGAACGAACGUGAGAAAUUUAUUCAACAGCAAACAUUUUUGAAUGAAUCCAUUCAUGAGCUAACCGUACGACUUGAAAAUAAAAUGGAUGAAUCUAUGAUAAAUGAAACUAAAGCAUUACAAUUACAACAACGAAGUCAACAAGCUGCAUUACUUUCCAAACAGCUUCAGGAAGUGGCACAACAGAAUGAUGAAUUUCGAGCAGAAAUUCAACAACUUUCAACAGCGCUUGCUUCAGCAACAACAUUUAUCGAGGAUACCGCUAAUAAUUAUCAGGCAUUAUAUGAGCAACUAUUAGAAAGUGAUAAAAUCAUCGAACGUUUAACGAAUGAUAAUGAAUUACUCGGUAAAAAGCUUGAUGACGAGAAAAUAACAGCUGGAAAGUUGGGAAAUGCUGACGAAAACUCAAUUCAACAUUAUAAGGAAUUGUUACAGAGCAAAAAUGAACAGAUUGAAACAUUAAAGCUAAAGUUUGAAACAUUGCAAAUUGAAUUACAAGAGUUGCAAAGUCAAAGUAUAUUAGAGAAUAAUGUAGGACGUGAAAAAGAAAUGGAAAAAUUACGAGUAGAACUUCUCGAUGCCACAAAAGUAGCUCGACAACUUUUUGGUGUUGCAGUAAAGAAUAAUGAAGUUAAUGGAUCAAUUGCUCAAAUGAAAUCUGAAAUUACAUCGCUCAAUGAGACUAUUGAUAAGUUACAUUGGGAAGUUAAACAACGUGAAAUGGAAAAUGAUGAACUUAUACAUAAUCUAGAAAUGAAAGAUAUUGAAAAUCAGAAAGUAAACAUUGAACUGAAAAGGCUUCGUGAGGAAAUAUUUGGAAGUGCAGAAGAUGAAAUUAGCCGUUUGGAAAAGCAAAUUAAUUUUCGAGAACAGCAGAUUGAAAAAUUAACAGCUAAAUGUUCACUGUUACAAGUUGAAUUAAGCUCUACUUUUGAUGUUUCCGAUCAAAAACUAGAAGGUUUCAUUCCUGUGAUGAAUUCCGUUGAAAAAUCAUUAAUACCGGUGCAAGACAAGGUAGAUGAUAGAAGUGAAAUCGAACCAGCUGAAAGCCUACUGAAACCAGCUGAAGAUGCUGUUAAUUUUUUGCCUGAAAUGAAGGAAAGUGAUAGUGAAUGCAAAGCAUAUCCAGAAGGCAUAUUAAAAGUUCAUAAAAGGCCUUUAAAACUGAGAAAAAAGAAGGAAGAAUAUGAAGGAAGCCUAAAAAGUUUGGAAGCUAGCGCUAUGAUCAUUUCAUCACUUAAUCACGAAUUAAUGCUACUCAUGCAGGAAUUAGAUGAGAAAGAUCGCCAAUUGCAACGUAUGGAAAAAAGUGUAGAACAUGCGGCAAAUAGUAUUGAUGAAUUAAAAGUGAACUAUUUUAAUUUGCAAAAGGAAGUAUCGGAGUAUGAUAUGACACAAUAUAAUAAAACAAUCGAUGAGUUACGUAAAAAAAUGGAAUGUUAUGAGAUUGAAAUUGAAGAAUAUCAGAAAUUAGCCAAUUCGAUACGCUUAAGUGGGAAUGAAAUGCAACAAAAAGUGGAAGAAAUGAAUAGACAAGUGGUGGCAGAACGAUUGCGAAAUCUUCAACUUAUACGAAAAUUGGAAAUUAUUGAACGAAAUCGAAAUACUGAAAAUGUUGAACAUAAAAAAGUUGCAAGAAAUUAUCAGCAACAACGUUUAUUACAUAUGAGACAAUUUAAAAUUGCCAACUAUGAAUCAGAUUUAGCAACAAUUGAGAUAGCACGUCUUCAGACACUUCUGCUACAUUCUGUUCCUAAAAAGGAUUAUGAUCAAUUAUUAUUGCAACAUAAACAACUGUUAGCUUCUGAUGACAAUUAUAAAUUAACGAAUGAUUUCAAAAAUGAUGAAAUGAGGAAUGAAUAUAUCGUUGUAAAUCUUUUAGAGAUGAAUGAUGAAAUAAAAAAUGCCGAAGUAACAGUAGAAAACACUCAUCUAAAGGGAAUGAUAAAUGUUCUAAGAAGCCAAAAUGAAUAUUGGCAAAUUGAAGUGGAGAAAAUUCGUGAGCAAAAUACCGAAAUGAUGCAUUUUUUGGAUGAUGUUGAAAGUGAAUCACAAAUGAAAAGUUUAUUGGUUGCAUUAGAACGACGUUUCCUGAAAGCACUUUCGGAUCGAGCAGAAUUUUCACAAAAUCAAAAGUUAACUGAUCAUCAAUUUCUGGAUCAGCAGAAUGAAUUUGCUAGGAAAAAGCGAAGUUGGGCAAAUGAGAAGAAAAAAUUGAUCCAAAUGAUCAGAUCAUUGCAGCUACUUUUUCAGCGUAUGCGAUCAAAUUCAAUGGAAUUAUUAACUGUACAACAAAUGAUGCAAUAUAAGGAAAAAAUUGCCGAAAUUAAUUCGAAUUAUACUCAAAGUCAGAAAUAUAAAGAAGAGAUUGAAAGAGAAAAGGAUGAAUUGGAUUUGCAAUUACGACAUGCUGAAGCAUUACGAAAAAGUUAUGAAUUAUUGCAAGAGAAUGAUUAUGAUGUGAUUAAAUUGAGGAAAAGUUUACAAGCCAGCCAUUUAAAUAUGCUAAAUGCAAAAAAGCAACUUGAAAAUGCUGAAAUACAGAUGCAAAGAAAAGAUGAAAGAAUUCAGAAAUUAGAAGAAAUAGUACAGAAUUUGCAGAAAGAAAUAGAAGAUUUAUUUGCAAUAACAAUUAAGAUAUCGGACUUUGAUGAUGAAAAUGAACGAAUUUAUGAAGCAAUCAAUCCAUCUCCAAUUACUGAUGAACUUUUUCAAAAUAUUAAAAACGAAGAAACAAAAAUUGAAUUGAAAUCAGAUAUUCAGAGUGUUAGUGAUGAAAAAGGUAGUUCAGAAAUGGAAGAAUCUGAAAAUAUUGGAAAAGGUGAAACACCAACAGAAACUAUUGAUAGUGAAUCUGAUGUAAAAUUUCAUGCAAUAACUGAAUUGCAUGCAACAGGUGAUACACGCAAAAUUGCUCACAUUCAUCCAGAGGAAUAUAUGAAAAAAUUGAAUUAUAUUCGUGAAACAGCAAAAUUAUGUAUUGCAAAUUAUAAGGAACAAUUGAAAUAUAAAGAUGAAGUUAUUGAAAAAUACAAAUCAUUGUUGAAAAUUAUGCCAGAUGAAAACGAUACACAACAAAAUAUCGAUGAUUCAGCGCUAAUUGUAAACGAUUUAGCGGAACGAAAAUUACGAACAUCAAGCGAAAUUUUAUUUCAAAAUUAUAAUAGUGAUAUUGAAGCAAAAGAUAUGGAAAUAGUUAAAUUACGAAAUGAAAUUGAACAAUUUAAUAAGGCAAAUCGAAGGCUUACAAAAGAUCUUCAACAUUUUCGCAAUCAAAUUAAACCGUGUACUGAAAUUAGUACUCAAACUGAUUUACAUGCAAUAAUGGACGAUGAUGAAAUUGAGGAAGGAAUUAUUUCAAAUGAAGAAAAUAAUUUAAAGUUUAAUGUAACAGAAGAAUCAACAAAAAGUAUUACCAGUCAGGAACCAUUAAGGACACGUACGCCAUCAUCAUUAAUAAAAUCCAACAAGCAUAAUGUAUCAAUUAAAGUAAAUGAUACGCAAAAUAAUGAUAUUAUGAUGGAAACAUUACGACGAGAAGAAUCAAAAACAAUGACAAUGCGUAUGGAAAUAAGAGAUUUAAAACAGCGUAACGCUAUAUUACGUAUUAAAAAUCAGGAAUUGGAAAAGGCAUGUGAAAGAAUUCGAGUUGAAGCGCUAUCUGAAAUUAAGCAAAGCUAUACAUCCAAUAUUAACGACGAAUCAGAAGCUAUUGUUAUGAAACUUCAACAAGAACUUUCUGAUCUUAAAUUAGAAACUGGAAAUCAAAAAAAAUUAAUUCGAGAACAAAAAGAAAUUAUUGAUCGAUUGCAGAAAAAUCAAUCCGUUAAAAAUUCACAGGAAGAGAUAUCAAAGUGGCAUGAGAAGAAAGCACGUGAAGGUAGCGUUAAUGUACUUCGGAAAAAACUGAAAGAAAUGGAACAACGUGAACAGGAAAUAUGCGAAAGAUUGAAGAAACGUGAUCAAGAAAUUAAACAAUUGCAUAAAUUGGAAAAUAGCAGAAGAAUUGAAUUGAAGCGAUUGCAAGAAAUGAUCAAAAGUUUGGAAAAUGAUAGAGAAAUGAGUAAUUUGGAAAUGAAAAUAUUAAAUGAUCGUUUAAGAACAGCAGAAGAGACAAAUAUAUAUUUGAAUCAGAAAAUCGGUCAAAUGAAAAAGGAAAGCAACGAAUUAUUAUUAAGUGCUAACAAUGAGAAAGAAAAAUUACUGAAAGGUAUAAAAAUAAGGGAUGAUACCAUUGAAAUCAAUAGAAUCGAAGGACACAAUAUAUCCGAUGAAGAGUUACAUAAGCUAAGAGAAAAAGCUGAAAAGUACGAUGAUAUAAUGAAACAGUUAAUCAAGCUUGAAACGGAAGUUAAGAAACAACAUGAAGAGAUCCGUUUACUCAAUGAUAAAUUAAAUGAGCGGAAAUAUGAUUGUGGCGCAGUUGCUGUCUUACGUGAUAAACUUAUGGCUAAAGAAAAAGUUAUCGAGCAACAAGUUGUCUUUUAUUUAUUUGCAAAUAUUUCCAAACAACAACGAAUCGAAGAAUUGGAACGAGAAAAGUGGCAGAACCUGUUGUAG